CCAGCCCUACAGGAGGAGUGAGGGGCGACAGACAGGCGACAUUUGGACACUAUUUAACUUCCUCUGGACCACCCGGAGACAGUUUGGACCUUUUUAUCAUUUCCACCAUGACACCUUUAACUGUGCGCGAGCUGUACGGUACAUGCGUUGUAACGGUUCUAACGGUUUUAACGGCUGCGGAGCGGAAGUGAGAGCAGGGGGAAGUUGUUGUUAGGGGCUAAAGGGAAAAAUAAACCCCUAAAAAGUGACUUUCUUUGAGUCAAGUUCAAGUGAAACUCCGUCUGUCCAGAGGAAGGGUGGCCCUGGAGUGUCUGGGGGGCAUGGACACCCACGUGAAGGAGGGACAACUUUAUGUACAGCAUCAAAAGUUUGGAAAGAAAUGGAAGAAGAACUGGUUCGUCCUCUACCCCGCCAGCCAAAACGGCAUCGCCCGCCUCGAGUUCUACGACUCGCCCUCGGGCGGAGGGGGCGGGGCCGGCGGAGGCUCGGGAAGCGGGUCCAAUGAGAAAACCAGGAAGCUCGACAAGAAGAUCAUCCGCCUAUCCGAGUGCAUCUCCAUCCUGCCGGCGCUGACGGAGAGCUGCCCCAAAGAAAACAUGUCAGCUUUCUGCGUGGAGACCAACGACAAGACGCACGUGUUCUCUGCGGAGAAGAACGUCGCCAAGGACUGGAUGGAUACCAUGUGUGACAUCGCAUUUCAGGGAGGAGGCGGCAGCGGCAGCAGCAGCAGUACUGCUGCAGACUCUAAUGGAGGAGCUCAGGACCUGCAGAUGUCUGAAAACCUCAUCUACUACUCCAGAGAGGAGGUGAACGAGUUCUGGGUGAGCGUUCAGCGUACCGAGGCGUCAGAUCGCUGCGGGCUGACGGGCAGCUACUGGCUGAAAGCGGAAAACGACAUCUUGAUCUUGAAGGACCCGAAGACCAAGAGGAAGAUUCUGGUGUGGCCCUACAAGCUGCUGAGGAGAUACGGGCGAGACAGGGUGAUGUUUUCGUUCGAGGCGGGCCGACGCUGCGACUCGGGCCCCGGCAACUUCACCUUCGAGACCAAGCAAGGCAACGAGAUCUUCACGCUGGUGGACCAGGCCAUCCAGUCGCAGAAGGUGCAGGCCGAGGAGCGCCACCUCAGCUGCCCCGUCAACUUUGACCCGGACUGCCCCGCGUCGCUGCAGCACAUACGCGGCGCCGUUCCCAGUAUCGUAACGACAGGAAGCGGAGACAGCAGCAGCUGCAGCAGUCGGGAGGCGGACGGUGAUUCCGGCGGCAGCAAGCCGGGCUCUGCUGACGGCGUGCUCGGGAAGAGAGAAGGUGGAGAUGGAGGAGGAGGAGGAGGAGGAAGGGGGCAAGGCACAGCAGGAGGACUCAAGGGGAGGAGUUUACCAGAACCACCAGCCAUGUUGGGGGUUUUGGGAGGUGGCGUGGUCCCUCAAAAGGCUCCCAGGGGGCAGGCGGCAGCUAAAGGUCUCUCAUCAGCUGAUGAACAUGCAGGUCUUUAUUCUGAGCCAGCAGAUUCAGUCCGCCUGCCUCUGCACAGCACCGACGCCCUCUACUCCGACCCAGUGGACAGCAUCAAAGGUCAAAGCAACCCAUCCAUCCCUCCGGUGCCCAACCCACGCGUCCGACCAGUAGGAGACGAGUCUUUGGGAGGCCAAGGGGAUCAUCUCCUCGGAGGCAGCAACCACAGGAAGCCACCGGACCUGUACUCGCACGUGUACGACCGGAUCAGCCUGGAGCUGAACCAGAAAACGACCGCGAUGAGUCUAAACGGGGCGGGAGGGGGAGGAAGAGGGGUGAACAGUCACAGGCGACCCCCAGGAGGUCAAGCAGAAGGGGCCUCAUCACCUCCCACUCUUCGUCCGGAGCACAUAUACGACGAACCCGAGGGCUGCGCCAAAGGAGGCGCUAACAUUCCCGUUAGUUUAGGGAUGAGUAUUUAUGACGAGGCCCGUUUGGAGCCCCCCAGCCAGAGGAGACAGGAAGAGGUGGCGGCCCCGUCGGGACCGGAGGGAACUUACAGCACCCCCUCCCACGGCAAGCUGUCGGAGUCCCACAGACACUCGCCUCCGCAGCUGGGCCCCAACCGCGGCAUGCCGCAACCUCCGGCUCCGAGGUGGCCCAAACCCGUCACCGCCCCCAAGCCGGGGAGGGCUCGGAAGGAGCCGAUGCCGCUGCCCCCCGGGAAACACGCAGGUCCUGGAAGUAAUGUGAACAACAACAACAAUAUUUGGGGAGGAGGAGACGGGGGGAGGGAGCUUUACAGUCAAGUGUCAAAGAAGAAAUCUCCUAAUUCGUGGAACAGCCAGCACCACCAGGCGCCGCUGAGAUCACCUGAUAUCAUCUAUGACAAUUUAGGAGAUAUUUGACAUCCUUCUUUCGCUACAGAGACUGAAACGAAUGUUUAUCCCCUUCGUGAGAAGAGGAGAAAAGCUAAUGCAGAAAACUUGGUGGAUGCCUUUCCUCCUUUAGGGGCUGUAAGACAUUUCUUCCAUCUGUGGACUGGCAUAAUUAUUUGAGACAGUCGAUUCAUUCGGAGUAGAUUAGCUCACAGCUAAGAGAAAACCACAUAACGGCUGCAUUUUCAGACAUGGAGCGCAACUAUUGUAGGGCCACCCUCUGUGUGUGUGUGUGUGUGUGUGUGUGUGUGUGUGUUUGGGAAAGAGAGAGUGAGUGUUUGCAUGGUCAAACCCAUAACCGGAGUACCAAGCCACAGUGUGGUUGGAACCAGCCACUUCACUUGAACACACACACACACAGAAAGCGUUUGGAUUGUGCCAAAAGGAGCCCGGCCUACAGGCUUCACUUUAACGAGCUGAGAGAGUGGCUUGGCUCUUCUUUUGCAAAAUGUCUGCCGCGCUUAUGAAGUAACUGGGAAACAUGUUUUUGCACUGCUUAGGUUUGGAGUAUCUUAUUUUCUCUUUGUGUUUUCUGGACUGAUUUAUCAUCUUAAAACCCAAUAUGACUCUCAACAUAAUCAGCCCAGGACACUAAUGUGCGACGUAGUGGCACAUUAGUGUCCACUAAAAUGGGUAAAAACAUUGAUGCUACCAUUGGAGGAAGCAUGAAGAAUGGGACUUUAAGACUGGAUCUUGGAAACAGACAUAAAUGCGUCAUAAAGAGGUCAUGGGGUCAUGUGUGGCUUUUGAAUUACAGAGGUGACUUCCUGCACAAGAUAAUAUUAUUGAAUCCUUUAUGUUUCUAUGUACAGACUAAAUAUGAAACUAAUCAAUCCCCUGCAAUGUGUCACAUGUGUGAGAAACAGCUGUGCUGUCUGUAAAUAUAACUAUUAAUAAAAAAUGGCUCCAGAAACUUAAA